AUGGCGACGGCGAGCGACCUCCCAAUAGACGGCGACGAAUCCGGCGGUGAUCCGGCGGCGACGGCUGAUCGCGGCAAAUCGGCACGAGCGGGAUCGAGAUCGCUGGACGGAGAAGGGGGAAGGCGAGGAAGAGCAAGAGCUGAUGAGCCGGGAAGUUGGGCGGCCGAGGUUGAGGAAGAGGGAGACGGUGAGAGGAAGGAGAAGGAGAAGGGUGGUGAUGUGAUGGGGCUUUUCGACGCGAAGUUUAAGUGCUCAUUUUGUAUGCAGUUGCCUGAGAGACCUGUGACUACGCCCUGUGGUCACAAUUUUUGUUUGAAGUGCUUUCAGAAAUGGAUUGGGCAGGGUAAGCGCACUUGUGCACAAUGCCGUGCUCCUAUUCCUCAAAAAAUGGCAUCCCAACCAAGAAUUAACUCCGCCCUCGUUGUUGCUAUUCGUAUGGCAAAGACACAAAAGCCAGCUUCACAAUGUGGCUCAACACCUGCAUAUCAUUUUAUUGGCAAUGAGAACAGGCCUGAGACUGCAUUCACUACUGAGCGAGCUAAGAAGGCUGGCAAGGCUAAUGCUUGCAGUGGUCAAAUAUUUGUCACCAUUGCUCCAGAUCAUUUUGGUCCAAUCCUUGCAGAGCAUGACCCCAAGAGGAAAAGGGGAGUAUUGGUAGGGGAGUCGUGGGAGGACAGAAUGGAAUGCAGGCAAUGGGGAGCACAUUUUCCACAUGUUGCAGGGAUUGCAGGACAGUCUACUUAUGGGGCUCAGUCUGUUGCCCUUUCUGGAGGAUACCAAGAUGAUGAAGAUCAUGGGGAGUGGUUCUUGUAUACUGGAAGUGGUGGACGAGAUCUUAGCGGGAAUAAACGAACUAAUAAGGAUCAGUCCUUUGACCAAAAGUUUGUGAAGCUCAACGAAGCAUUGCGUAUUAGCUGCAAAAAUGGUUACCCUGUCAGAGUAGUGAGAUCCCACAAAGAGAAGCGUUCUUCUUAUGCACCUGAAACUGGGGUGCGAUAUGAUGGAAUUUACAGGAUUGAGAAAUGCUGGAGAAAAGUUGGGAUUCAAGGUUUCAAGGUUUGCAGGUAUCUUUUUGUUCGAUGUGAUAACGAGCCAGCACCUUGGACAAGUGACGAACAAGGGGAUCGCCCUAGACCUUUGCCUGCAAUUAAGGAACUGAAGCAAGCUACUGAUAUUACAAUGAGAAAGGGAAAAGCAGCAUGGGACUAUGAGGAGGGAUGUCGCUGGAAAUGGACUAGACCCCCGCCAUCAAGUAGAAAGAUUUCAACCACUGAAAGUACAGGAGAAAGAAAAAGAAGAAGAAAUGGUCCAAGUACCAUUAAGGAAAAACUUCUGAAAGAAUUCAGCUGUCUUAUUUGCUGCAAAGUUAUGAGUCUUCCUCUUACAACGCCCUGUGCGCACAACUUUUGUAAGCCAUGUCUCCUUGAUUCAUAUGCUGAUCAAUCUUUUUUACGUGAGAGAACACAUGGAGGUCGAACCCUUCGGACACAAAAGGUUGUGAAGAAAUGUCCAUCAUGUCCUAACGACAUAUCAGAUUUUUUGCAAAAUCCUCAGGUUAACAGGGAGGUUAUGGAUUUGAUUGAAUCUCUCCAGAAAAAGAACGAAGACGAGAAUAUUGAAGGUUCAACCGAGGAAGGUAGUGAUGUUGUACAGAAAUCUGGGGGGGAUGACAGUGAUGUGGAGAAGGAUGAGGUCGAAACUAAUGACAAGGAGGAGAUUGGAAGUGGUGAUGUGAAAGAAGACGAGACUGGAAGUGAUGAUAAGUUGAUAGAAGAAGGAAGUGAUGGUGUUGUUGCUAAGGAGAAGAAACUUGAGCCUGCAAAUGGUGAUUCUGAGAUUCAUGCUGCGAAUUCAGAAAUGGAUGAAAGUGGAGAGGACUGUCAGAGUCCAGCAAAGAAAACCAACACCCAGGCUACUCGAAAGAGGAAACAAAUAACUAGCACUAAAAGAUUUGGUAAGAAAGCGAAGAAGAAUGAGGAUGUUGGCAGUGUUGAUUCUGGAGGUGAUCAAAAGUGGAAGAAUCAGAAUCAAGCAAAUGGAUCAAGUCAUCUUUCUCCCAGCAACCAGAAUCGAAGAGUUACCCAGCAAAUGAAACUUAAAGGCGAAUUGUAAAGCAUGGGAUUUUUUUCAGUAUGCCUGGUAAUUACAGUCCCGAACUUGGAUAUUGGUGCUGCUUUGAGCCCUCCAGCUCUCCUAUUGUUAUUUUGAAAAUGUUGUGCUAAGCAUUUUUAUCUCAAAGAAUUGCAUGCUCACAGUUUAACAAUUUAAAUUCACAGUAAUAUAGGGCAGACAGACUUCCUUUUCCUUA